ACCGGAGCCGCCGGAGCCGCGAGCGAGGCCGCCCCAGCGGCGCCGUGACAAGAUGACGAACAACGUGGCCGACCACCACCCCGGGAACUCGGUGGCCGAGGGCAACCAUGAGGGGGACUUUGGGUGCUCCAUGGUGGAGCUCAGGAACCUCAUGGAGCUGAGGAGCGCCGAGGCCGUGGCCCGGCUCAACGACUCCUAUGGCGGCGUGCAGAACGUCUGCAAGAGGCUGAAGACGUCGCCGGUCGAAGGCCUGUCUGGGAACCCCACAGACCUGGAGAAGCGGCGCCAGGUGUUCGGGCAGAACUUCAUCCCCCCCAAAAAGGCCAAGACGUUCCUGCAGCUGGUGUGGGAGGCGCUGCAGGACGUGACUCUGAUCAUCCUGGAGAUCGCGGCCAUCGUGUCCCUGGGGCUCUCCUUCUACCACCCCCCGGGCGGGGACAACGAGCUGUGUGGGCAGUCCUCGGGCGGCGUGGAGGACGAGGGCGAGUCGCAGGCGGGCUGGAUCGAGGGCGCUGCCAUCCUGUUCUCCGUCAUCAUCGUGGUGCUGGUGACGGCCUUCAACGACUGGAGCAAGGAGAAGCAGUUCCGGGGGCUGCAGAGCCGCAUCGAGCAGGAGCAGAAGUUCACGGUGAUCCGCAAGGGCCAGGUGAUCCAGAUCCCCGUGGCCGAGAUCGUGGUGGGGGACAUCGCCCAGAUCAAGUACGGGGAUCUCCUGCCAGCCGAUGGGAUCCUGAUCCAGGGCAAUGACCUGAAAAUAGACGAGAGCUCGCUGACAGGGGAGUCAGACCAGGUCAAGAAAUCCAUGGAUAAAGACCCCAUGCUGCUGUCAGGUACCCAUGUGAUGGAGGGCUCGGGCAGGAUGGUGGUGACUGCUGUGGGCAUCAACUCCCAGACUGGGAUCAUCUUCACCCUCUUGGGAGCAGGAGAAGGUGACGAGGAGAAGAAAGUGAAGAAAGGUAAAAAAAGCGGAGCCCCCGAAAACCGCAACAAAGCUAAAACUCAGGAUGGUGUGGCCUUAGAGAUCCAGCCCCUGAAGAGCCAGGAGGGGGUGGAGAACGAGGAGAAGGAGAAGAAGAAGGUGAAAGUGCCCAAGAAGGAGAAGUCGGUGCUGCAGGGGAAGCUCACACGCCUGGCCGUGCAGAUUGGGAAGGCAGGCCUGAUCAUGUCGGCCAUCACCGUCAUCAUCCUGGUGCUCUACUUCGUCAUCGACACCUUUGGGGUGCAGAAGCGGCCCUGGCUGGCCGAGUGCACCCCCAUCUACAUCCAGUACUUCGUCAAGUUCUUCAUCAUCGGUGUCACCGUGCUGGUGGUGGCCGUGCCCGAGGGGCUCCCGCUGGCCGUCACCAUCUCGCUGGCUUACUCUGUCAAGAAAAUGAUGAAGGACAACAACCUGGUGAGGCACCUGGACGCGUGUGAGACCAUGGGCAACGCCACGGCCAUCUGCUCGGACAAGACGGGCACGCUGACCAUGAACCGCAUGACGGUGGUGCAGGCCUUCGUGGGGGACACUCAUUUCCGCCAGAUCCCCGACCCCGAGGCCAUCCUGCCCAAAAUCCUCGACCUCAUCGUGCACGGCGUGGCCAUCAACUCGGCCUACACCUCCAAAAUCCUGCCUCCAGAGAAGGAAGGGGGGCUGCCCCGCCAGGUGGGCAACAAGACCGAGUGUGCCCUGCUGGGCUUCGUGCUGGACCUGAAGCAGGAUUACCAGGCCGUGAGGAACGAGGUGCCCGAGGAGAAGCUUUACAAAGUUUACACCUUCAACUCCGUGCGCAAAUCCAUGAGCACCGUGCUCAGGAGCAGCGGCGGCGGCUUCCGCAUGUACAGCAAGGGCGCCUCCGAGAUCAUCCUGCGCAAGUGCACCAAGAUCCUGGACAAGAACGGGGAGCCCCGGCUGUUCAAGGUGAAGGACAGGGACGAGAUGGUGAAGAAGGUGAUCGAGCCCAUGGCCUGCCACGGGCUCAGGACCAUCUGCCUGGCAUUCCGGGACUUCCCUGCCGACACAGAGCCCGACUGGGACAGCGAGAACGAGAUCCUGUCAGACCUGACCUGCAUUGCUGUGGUGGGGAUUGAGGAUCCUGUAAGGCCUGAGGUGCCCGAUGCCAUCCUGAAGUGCCAGCGCGCCGGCAUCACCGUGCGCAUGGUGACAGGGGACAACAUCAACACUGCCCGUGCCAUCGCCACCAAGUGUGGCAUCCUGCUGCCCGGGGAGGACUUCCUGUGCCUGGAGGGGAAGGAGUUCAACAGGCUCAUCCGAAACGAGAAGGGAGAGGUGGAGCAGGAGCAGCUGGACAAGAUCUGGCCCAAGCUGAGGGUGCUGGCACGUUCCUCACCCACGGACAAGCACACCCUGGUGAAAGGAAUCAUCGACAGCACCGUGGGUGACCAGAGGCAGGUGGUGGCCGUGACAGGGGAUGGGACCAACGAUGGCCCAGCCCUGAAGAAAGCAGAUGUUGGGUUUGCCAUGGGCAUUGCUGGCACGGACGUGGCCAAGGAGGCCUCUGACAUCAUCCUGACCGACGACAACUUCACCAGCAUCGUCAAGGCCGUCAUGUGGGGCCGCAACGUCUACGACAGCAUCUCCAAAUUCCUGCAGUUCCAGCUCACCGUCAACGUGGUGGCCGUGAUCGUGGCCUUCACCGGGGCCUGCAUCACACAGGACUCUCCCCUGAAGGCCGUGCAGAUGCUGUGGGUGAACCUGAUCAUGGACACGUUCGCCUCGCUGGCCUUGGCCACGGAGCCGCCGUCGGAGUCGCUGCUGCUGCGCAAACCCUACGGGAGGAACAAACCGCUCAUCUCCCGCACCAUGAUGAAAAACAUCCUGGGCCACGCCGUCUACCAGCUCACCAUCAUCUUCACCCUGCUCUUCGCUGGGGAGAAGUUUUUCGACAUCGACAGCGGCCGGAACGCCCCCCUGCACUCUCCGCCCACCGAGCACUACACCAUCGUGUUCAACACGUUCGUCAUGAUGCAGCUCUUCAACGAGAUCAACGCGCGCAAGAUCCACGGCGAGAGGAACGUCUUCGAGGCCAUCUACCGCAACCCCAUCUUCUGCACCGUGGUGCUGGGCACCUUCGCUGCCCAGAUCAUCAUCGUGGAGUUUGGUGGGAAGCCCUUCAGCUGCUCCGGGCUCACCCUGAGCCAGUGGUUCUGGUGCAUUUUCAUCGGAGUGGGAGAGCUCCUGUGGGGCCAGCUGAUCUGCACCGUCCCAACGAGCCACCUGAAGUUCCUGAAGGAAGCUGGGCACGGCAUCACCAAGGAGGAGAUCCCCGAGGAGGAGCUGCCCGAGGACGUGGACGAGAUCGACCACGCGGAGAUGGAGCUGCGGCGGGGGCAGAUCCUCUGGUUCCGGGGGCUCAACAGGAUCCAGACCCAGAUGGACGUAGUUUACACAUUCCAGACCGGCGCCUCCUCUUUGCAGGGAGCCCUCAGGAGACAGCCUUCCAUCGUGAGCCAGCACCACGAUAUCAAAGUGGUGAAUGCGUUCCGUAGCUCCCUGUACGAAGGCCUCGAGAAACCCGAAUCCAGAAGCUCCAUCCAUAACUUCAUGACUCACCCAGAGUUCAUCCUGGAGGAAGACGAGCCUCGGACACCAUUCCUUGACAGCACCGAAGACGAGCCCGAGCCUGACGGACUCCAAAAACGAGGUGGGGGCAACCCGGCAGGGUCAACAGCCCUGAACAGAAACAACAACGCCGUGGAGAGCGAGUUCAGCUUUCCAGAGCCUGGGAGCCCCUUCCACAGCCUGGAGACAUCAGUUUGACCUUAGAACUUGGAAUUCCCCCUCCUCCUCCUCCUCCUCCUCCUCCUCUUCGUCCUCGUCCACCUCGGCCCUGUGUGAUCCCAGCACCAGGAACUGGUCACACACUGUGGUCACUCCGUGUCAAAAUGCUCAUGCCUGUAUCAUCAUCUGAGUUGUUGGGUUUUUUUUUGGGGGGUGGGUGGAGGUUGAUCUCGUUUUUU